CGGCCUCGUAAUGAAGGAAGGAAGCCAUAGCAUCUUCAACAUAAAUCUGAACUGAAAAUAACGGAAAUUAAGAUGGAGACAAUUUAGUCUUUGCACGAACAUAGACGUAGAAGGGAAUGUCAGAGAAUGAAAUGCAGAAAAAUGCUUCAAUCGAUCAAAAAAACAAUGUACAUAAGCUGUACAGAUAUGCUCAGCAAUUGGUACAGAGAUUGGAUAUGCAACUUCAAAAUGCAACAGAAUGGAAAGAAUUUUUUGAAUCAGAGACCAUUCUGACAAGACAGAAGCUCAAAGAUGUCUGCGAGCAAAUGCUUUUCAAUGGCACUGUAGAUUUGGCAAGGAGAAUAGAGGAUGUUCUAUGGAGGAAAGCAUUUUAUGACAUUAUUCAAAAACUGAGGCAAGACAAAAAGACUUUGCAGAGCAGUCCUGUCCUUGUGGCAUUGUAUAGUGCCCAUCUUAAUGCAGCACACUCAUUUUAUCAUCAACUUUUGAUCAAGAUCACAGAUCAUUAUAAUUUACCUGUACCCAGCUCACUAGACUGGCUAAAUGCUUUACAACAUGAUAAGAGAAGGACAGCAGCUUGUUUCUCUCUAGAUUUUGCACAAAAGAAAUGCUCAAAGGAUUCAAUAGAAUGGGCAAUAAGAGCGUGUCAAAGAUGCUUGCUUUAUCUUGGUGACAUUGCUAGAUACAGUAUGGAUUUAGAAGGCAAUUCAGCGUUGGAUCUUGCUGAGAGAUUUUAUCACCAGGCAAUUUGGGUCAACCCUGAAAAUGGAAUGCCUCAUAAUCAGCUUGGAACCCUGAAGCAGCAAGCAAGUUUUUCCAGCUGUGAAGUUGCUUAUCAUUACAUGCGAUGCCUGGCUUCAACAGCUAGUUUUGACGGUGCCGAAGAAAAUCUGAAGAGAACAUUUGAGCGCAACAAAUGGUUAAAAAAGGAAAUGUUACAGAAAUUAGAGAGUGAAAGAGUCGAUGAAAUCGAAAAUUUUCUCAUUGAAUUCCUUGAACUACAAGAACACUUCAGAUAUGAAAGAUUGUCACCAGCUGAAUUUAGUAAGAUUUGUCAAUCAGUAAUCGAGAAGUUUACAGAUGCUCUUGGCCUGUUUGUCUGGAAGGACGUCGAAACUGAAGGCACCCUAAAAGAUCUUCAUAAGAAUCUUCAAAUCUAUGGAGAACGGAGAGUCAAUGGCAGUCUCAUGGUCAAAAUUUUUGUUAUCUGCAUAAUUACAGUGUCUGACCUGUUUGAAAAAGAUUCCAAGGUUGUAUCCGCUGCUGUGGCGUUCACUUUUACGAUGCUUUCGAAGUUAUUGGACUACAUCACAAAGACCCUGUCUGACUCUCCUUUGAGUGCAGGGGAACAAGCAUCAGGAGCUUCAAGUAGCUUAGUGGAUUCGGACAGUGCCUUGUGUAACGGUAACAAAGAUGGCAACUUCAAAAUGAAGAAGCAAAGAGACAGAUUGAGAAGGAAUUACCGUCGACGUAGACGACGAAGGCGGGUUUCCAGUGAAAAUGAGGAUUCUGGUGAAAAUCACGAAGAUGACUUAGGAAGUGAUCUUAGUGAAGGUGAAUUGGGCAGCACAAUAACAAGCAGCAGUGAAGACAGCACAGACGACGAUGGCUCCGAAGACAGUAUCUUGUUGUCUAGCAUAUCCCAAAAACGUAGAGAAGAGGAUCGCCAGAAAAUUCAAAAUCUUUGUCACAUAGGGCAGCAUUUAAGCGCGAAGAUUCAAGAAUCAUCGUUUUCUGAAGCCUCUCCGGGGUACCCCAAAAGAGAUGCAUUAUGGAAUGAUGGAGUUGGCUCAGACGUUGCAUCGGAUACCUCAUUGGAUCUUGCCCUAAGUUACUUUUCAGAAUUUAGCUACCUUCAUACGAUGAAGGUCGUGACUGACUGGUUGAAGUAUGCAGGCGAUAAAAUGGGUAUUUUUGAAAAGGAUUUGUCUUGUGUUUGGCAGAAAGUUGCUAGGACAUUGAACGAGCUUCCACAACAUCACCUUUUGCUCACAGGAAUUCUUCAAUAUUCAAAGAGAAGACGUAGCGUUCUUUGCUUAGAAGAUCUAAAGCUUCCUGCCCAAGAACAAUUGAAGGCAUUACCAGAAGAUAAGGCAUUGAUUGGCCUCCCCGUUCUUGUGCCGUUUCACAAAACACUGGACUAUGAAUGGGAUAUGAGAACUGCUGAUGCUAGCAUUCUACAGUUCGUCUUCAGAAUUCAAUCGCUGAAGGCAUUCGGGAAUUAUCUUUCUGGGAAGGUCAGACAGUUUACGUGCUCCAAAGAAAAUGAAAGCUUUGGCUUCGUAAACGAUGUUUCCAAUGGACCAUAUCCACCUAACCAUGCCACAAAAGAAGCUGAACCAAAAUCUAUGGACGGGCCUUCACCCGUUCGUCAAUUAGAGAGGACUUCAAUGACAAAUGGAAAAAGUCAAACAGAUUUUAUGAAAGCUUUAGCCAAACAAAAGUUAAUGCACGAAGUUACUGAGCUAGAGGAGAAAAUGAAUUCUUCAGGUGCACCAGAGACUUCAAACUUGCCGCCAUAUCUGAUAGUGGAUUCCCAGGCCCUCUGUCGCCAUCUGUCUUUAAUUCGAUCACUCGGCAAAAGCAGAGAGUUUAUUAUCAUCGUUCCAAGUCAAGUUGUCCAGGCUUUGGAUGAGCUGAAGAGGUACAACCCAAGUGCUCGUGAAGCAAUCAAGUUCCUUGAAGAAGAGUUUCGUCAAAGAAGCAAAUGGCUGAGAUCUCAACGAGAUGAGGAGUCGCGGGAUGUUGACUUUAAUCGAUCUUCAAAGAAGAAAAAGAACUUGGCAAUUGAGGAAUGGCGGUUUCAUCAAAUUGUCAAAUGCGCUGCAUAUUUUGCGAGCAAACUAAGCAAGGCAGAGUUGGUGUCAAUCGUCACCUCACGAUUAUCCAACGAAACGAGUGGUUCACUUGGUACACGUGCUACCCAAGAUGCACUUGAAGCUUGUCGAAAGCUUGGCAUCGAGGUUGAGCCUCUUGUCGACUUCUACCAGAGGUGGGUUGCAAAGAAGAAUACGUAAACGGUGAUGGUUUAUCACCUUGAGAUGAAAUUGUUUGCAGCACCUUUGCUUGCCAGAAUAUUCACUGUGACAACACAAAAGCGGUUGCUCCUCCAGAGUCACGAUUUCAGAUAAAAUUGUCCCAUUUAACUAUUGUUCAAACAUGGUGCUUUAAAGAGCUUUCUGAGUUUCACUUUCAACCGUUAACUGAUGAAGCGUGCAUUCCAAGAGAGAUAUCUCUCCUGAGCAUGCAUCUCAGUACAGUUCACAUGACCAUGUUGCUGCUUUAUUCAGCAGCCUCAUUCCUUCUUGGAAAUCCUAUUUCUUCCUGGAAUUGAAUCUGCAAUAUUUGUCGCAGAAGUUCCAUUUCUCUCUGUUACUCUGUGAGCUUUCGAACUUGUUCCGCCGAUUGCCUGUCAACACAAAGGUUAAGAAAACCUUCUGCACGGACGACUUUCAAGUGCAAGCGCUUGAAAUCCCAAGAGAAAGUUAAGAAGAUACCAACUUUGACUGUUAAUGGCAUGGUCCCUGAUGUUGCUCUGCAAUUCAAGAGAUGCCUAGGUGUAAGGAAUAGUUUUGUGCGAAGAUACCUCAGGAUGCAAAGUGGCCUUAUGCCUGGACUGAUUAGAAGAUAUUUUUUGAUCUUUUACUCGCGUUAAAACUGUUUGAGUUCUAAGGCGAUAAACUUUUGUUGACUUUUAGAUAAAUAGUUGAUAAAAUUUUUAUCUUGAA